CGUACCGCGUGACGUGAGAGCAUGACUGAUCAGGUCACGGCACAAUAAGUAUAUAUGUAUCUCUUGUGAAACAUUAACUCAUGAUCUCAGUUUUGUUUGUGCCCCAAGGAUGAUGGCGCACUUAAGCACAGCUUGGCUGUUUACUUGUUUAUUUACAGUGGUUGUAAUUAUUCCAACUGCUCUCAGCAGACCUUCAACACAGAUCGACAUAGAUAACAUACAGAAUAAUUUAGAUAUUCAAGUGUUUUUGGAAACAAACCAUUUGUCCACAGGCCAUUACAAAAUUGCCUAUAUAUUGAAAAAUAAAGGUCAAAGAACAAUUCUUGAUACCGAUGACUGGGAAAUUAUAUUUUCAUUGCAUAAUAGAGACCUAUUAGCAAAGCCGAAAUUUGAAGUUGCCGGCUUUGCAAUUGAACCGUAUGAAGACAAUCUGUAUAAGAUGGCCCCCGUGCCAAAUGGCCGAUGGAGUGGACUCAGGUCAAGGCCUUUCAAAAUUACAGUAAAUGCCACAGGUUUAUCAGUGUUUAAACAGGAUAUGUUCCCCAAGUUUAUUGUCAGAUCGCCCAACACUAUUCCACGCACGAUUAAUUCAACAGACGACGAGUCUUUGGGCUUUGUUAAGUUAGCUAAAUCCAGGAAUGAUGAUUAUUCCCAGAUGAACGGCGUACAGAGGACCAUGAUGACACCGGAUGUAGCAGACUUGGACAGAGUCCCACACACCAUUUUUAUACCGGCUGCCCUGAAUAAUUCUGUAUCCCCAGAUAUACCGCUGAUGGAAAUGAGUAAAAUCACUCAGUUUCACGUAUUUCACGAACGUAAUGUAUCCGACACUUUUAAAGGCUAUUUCGAAGAUGUAUUUACAACAAUACCGAACAUGCACCGAGGUAAACUAAGGAAUGUAACAUCCGUGCCCCCGGGAAAUGUUGACAGAAUCUACAUUCAGCAGACCCCGCCCCAACCAGGAAAGUCAGAAGACUACUACGAACUCGCUGUCAGGCCUAAGACCCCGACUCGCAGGUUCAAUCUUAUCCACAUGUCAGCCACAUCUGAAGCCGGUCUUCACAAUGCCGUUGAAUCACUAAUGGGCGCCGCUGGUCUUUACGACAUUUUACCCGAUAUGACGGUCAUUGAUGACGCAAGGUUUGGACACCGGGCACUAUCUGUGGACCUUACAAAGAACUUUUUCCCAGUUUCAACAAUCAGAAAACUUCUGAAAUUAAUGAGCACAUACAAACUGAACAAGCUUGAGCUUAACCUUGGCGGGGACCAUGGCUGGAGAUAUCAAGUCAUGGAUUUUCCUGAACUUACCUCAUACGCGUCAAAAAGGUGUGGAGACGGGGACCAAUGCCUGCCUCCAACUUUCGGAGCUGACAGCGACCAACAACUCCCUUCGUCCGGGUUUUAUACUCGACAUGAUUUAGCAAAUAUCCUAUCGUAUGCAUAUUCUUUACACGUUGAUAUUAUUCCAAGAUUCAACUUUCUUGGCGGUAUGCUAGCAGCAAAGAGAGCUUCUCAAAGACGACAUGAUAGUAAUAUACGUGGAAAUCCAACUGUUGCAAACAAAUUUUACUUGAACUCGCCUGUUCCAUCUAUACCCGCAAGUGAAAUUCCCGAAGAUGAAUUAUCCAUCCAGGGUCUGUUAGACCCAUGCCGAGAUCAAACAUUUGCUUUCAUCAACGCCGUUAUUUUAGAAGUAAAUCGAGCGUACAGCAUUGCGAGCGUCCCUUUCAAAAAUUUCCACGCAGGCGGAGAUGGUCUCACUCAGUUCCUCGGAAAGUUCCCGUCUUGCAAGAGAUAUAAAAUUGAAACAUAUGCAAAGGCGUUAUCAACACUGAUUGGCACAAUGCAGACGACACUGUCUUCUGUGAAUGCAGUUCUGCACGUGAACGAAGAGGCAAUAGUUGAUCCGGAAACUAACGAUUGUAUUAAUAUUCCACCAUCAUCGAAGAUGUCACAAAGCAACUUAGUCGCCCACUUCUAUAAGACGUUUCCCGGAAGUCCGGAAGAGUGGAAUUUGACUACAGAACAGCUAGCGUAUAUGGACGGAGAGGUUGUUGACCCGCCAUCAGAAAUGAAUCCAAACGGCACCUAUGACGCCUUGUUGCCCUACAAUGGACAGAAAAAAGAUCGAACUUCCUGGAUUUUCCCGUACCGAUGUGCUAAUAAAGGAUUUAAGAUCGUGCUAAAACCAGAGAACUUUUUCGCCCUUGACCAAGCGUAUGAAUUAGAUUUUGACGAGCCUGGAAACAGGAAAACGAGGCGUUUCCACAUCAUUAAUAUGCAUCGUAUGAUGAUGUAUGAACCUCUGAACCAUUACAUUAAUAUGGACCUCGGAAAAGACGGAUAUACUUUCCUUCAAUACAGAAUGUGUAAACUGCAUAAUUGCGAACCUCUCAUGAAAAAGGAAAAUGUCUUAGGUCUGGCUGCCACACUUGAUACAGCUGUUAUAAGAACAGAAGAAAUGUUGUGGAAAAUGUUGUUGCCAAGAUUAUUUGUUUUUGCCGAAAAGGCUUGGCGGGAAGGCGAGCACGAAAAUAUACUCAGGGCUGAAGACCCAUCUACGUUAGUGGUAGAAGAGAAUUUGGCACACCGAGCCGGUGCUAUUACCAUGGAAAUUGAAAAUAUUAUGAACACUAUUGCCUUCAAAGAGUUCGGGCGUCUAGAUGAUGCUGGAUACGCAUACAGGAUACCGACGUUAGGUGCAAGUAUUCAGUUCGGCAUAUCAUUCUUCAGACCGCCACCUUUCCCUUUGAUGAUUAAAUCUGAUAUACCGCGACAAGAGGUAUACUACCGUGACCUAAAUUCAACGAACCCACAAUGGCAACCUCUAUUCAACGUUGACAGGACUACUGGCAGAAUCGAGGGAGGAUACCUGUUUGACUUCCCGACCUCUAGUCAAAAGAUCGAAGUUCGAGCAAUGUCAGCUGGUAACAGAAAUGGCACGGGUAAACGACCAGGUAGAGCAACUCUUGUUGAAGGAAAACCAGAAUACUAUCUGCCAAGGACUAUACCUAUUGACCUCCGUGAAGGCACUUGUUUACCGAUCGAAGACCAUUGGUUGACUGAGAUGAACAACGUAAGCACCAUACAAUGGCGCAGAAUCUUACAAAACAUUAAUCGUGUUCUCACAGACCGACGUAACUUUAUGAGAGAACGUGAGCUCGCGUUGGAGGCGACUGUCCGGGAUUUUAACCAGAUGAGAGCUGCCGCCGGUGUGAGGUCCAACGUAAAUUUAAUGAUGGUUUUUGAUGAAAUUCGACAAGCUCUAGAAAGAGGACAGAACGUGACGAAUUUACCAUCACCUAAUAUUUUGAAGGAUGUGUAUUUAAAAGACCAAGCAAUACACGAACAAAGAGAACGGCAAAUGGAUGCUUUAUACCGUAGGUGGCAGCAAGAAUAUUUAAGAUGUGAGGCUGGACAAUCUCAAGUUCAACUUCUCCAGGACGUUCCUGUUUUUAACCAAAAUAACCCCGUUGAAGUACCGUCAAGGGGAGGUCAAGGUCAAGGGCAAGGUCUCGAGAGACAGUCUGGAGGCAUAGGAACAGCCGGAGGUGUGCAAAUGGGAUCCAGAAGUAGAAGUUCCGGUGGCAGACCUCAAGCGGGACAGAGCAGAAGUCAAGGAAUGAGUCAAGGGGCAAGUCAAGGCAGAGGUCAAGUCAGAGGUCAAAGUAGAAUGAUGAACCAAGGUCGCUAGGUGCCUUAUUUUCUGAAACUGGUCAUCACUUACAAAGAAAAUUGAUUUUUAUCUGACAAUUGAUAAAUCUUUCUAUAAAUGGCAGGAUAAACUUACAAAUACAUUAUUGAAUAAUUUCAAUUUUCCAGAAGAUUUACAAUAUCUGAAGAAUUUUUUAAACGAACUUUGUGGUUUUCUUUAGAAAAAGCUUGAAAGUCAUAUUGUUAGUAUUUUUACUUUUCUCCAGUAUGUUUAAGACAUGAUUAGUCAGUUUUAUGAUGAAUGAUACAUUUUUAAGACGUCUGCUUAUUCGAUUUCAAAACGGCUUGUGCCUAUGUGCUUAUUCGUGUAAAUAUUGAAUUGUUGUUUUAUUGGGGUAACAAACACAUUGCUUCCACAGGAGCCUAUUUUAAAAGUAAUAAAAAUUUGAAAAAAAAG